AGCAGUUCAGCUUCAAGCCAAAGGAAUGUACGAUGCAUCAUCACACUCGCUAUCGGUUCUGAUUGAUGGAGAAAUAAAGGCUUCUGACGUGAUUCAUUUCGCAUGUGCAGAUCCUAGGUCUCAGCUGAAAAUACCUUGUAACCAUCCCAGUCUCUGAUCUAGGAGCUUCCCUGUUUGAUAUCAGUAGACGAAUGCAAGGUAACCAGCUCCUCGUGGCAGCCCAAGAACUCAAGUAUAAAUCCUCUGAGGAUUCCGUCCCAGAACACCUCCAUACACCACAAGCUUCUGCCACUUCAUCGGGUACUCAAGCACGUUUCAUCCUACAUCAUCUCCCAAAAUGCGCUUCACCUCUGCUGCUCUCACCACCUCGGCCCUUGUCCUGGCCGCUGCCGCUGUUGGUCAGCAAAACAUCUAUCCCCCGGGAGGCCCGGGCUUUUUGCGGGUUAGCCUCGCCGACGCCGACGAGGGCGAAUUCACCGGCUGCCUCGCCGACGACGGCAAGUGGACCGUGGCAGACAAGUGCACCGAAGCCUUUGGAAACGGUCAAGGGGGAUUGGGUACCGUCUCUGGGUGGUUGAUUCUGGACGACGACUCCACGAUCACCACGGUUACUACCACUUGGUCCACCUCCUGGCUUGGCACCCAUGCGGAUGGAAACAGGAACGCCUCGAACUUGUUUACUCCAACUGACGACGACGACGACGGUGCGCCCCAUGGAGGACCGGUGUGGUAUGCGGAGGCGAUUCCGUCUGGCGACGAUGCGGUGGCUGUGCGCGGUGUGAAGGUGAACGAGGGAGACGUCGGGAUUAGCUUGUUCUUCCAUGCUACUCUUGGGGAGUAGGUCUGGCGAAUAAGACUAUUCGUGGAGGAACAUGGCUUGGUUGGGAUGGUACUGACAACAAGCGUUUCUCAAUUGUCGGAAUAGUGGGGGAGUAUGGCAGUGUGCCACUUUAGCUUC